GGCUGAGUUUCAGCACCCCAGAAGCUGACUUUGCAUCUUAAUCCUCUCUCGUCGCCGUCGUCGUCCUCCCUCGUCUACCAUGCUUCUGGCCCCAUCUGCAACCCGGUUGCACAGCUACUAGUACACGGCCGACCCCUACGUAAACUACCACUACUACUACUACCACCACUACCACUACGUAAUCGACCAUUCCACCCCCGCAAACAAAGUCACCUGCAGCCACCAUCGCCGACAUGCGAUUCUAAGGGAGAAGGGCUGGAAUACAGACACAAGAUAUAUAUAUAAAACUCCGCUGGCUUCUUCGAUUCAAGAGGCGACAUCUCAUUCGACAUGGCCUCGGUUGGACGCCGACGGAGCAUCCAAUCCUCGCGCGACCAGUCGAGUAGGGACAAUUCCCUGGCCGCACCUGGCAAUCGAGCGACGUCAAAGGGCCCAGCAUCAUCGACUGUUUCGCUCGCAAGCAGCGACAAUCCAAGCGAGGAGUUGCGCAGGUCCACCGACGGCGCAAUAGACAGGCUCAAGAGUCGCAACUCGGAAGACGGUCGCAGCGACACAUCAUCGUCCCAUCGCCGGCGCAUGUCUAGGCUCUUCAAGGGCAGGAAGAAGCGCACAAAGUCUGGCAGUCCAGAUGACGUUUCCCCCUUGGAUUCUAAUGAACAUGUUCCUCCUGUGCCAGACAUCAGACUGCCAAGUGGGGACCUGCCAAACCACAGCCAGGAAUCGCUGGGAUUGGCCAAGAGCGUCACAAGCAGCCUGCUAACAGAGGAUUCGGAUUCGGAAGCCUCACCCAUCAAGCGGCCUGGCAUAUCACCACAUCAGUCACAUGCAGGACUCUUGACCCUGUCGUCGCCCUUGAUAACCUCCGAGACCAUCGACUCCGUGGACGCCGCAGAUGUCACCCUCGUUAACUCCGUGACCACCGCCGAAGAAGGCCCUGUUCGAGCCGCGAACACGAUAGACAGUACUGCGAAUAAGCGGGGCGCCUCUCCAGUUGGAAAGCUCAAGGAAGCGUUUGCGCCUACUCGAAGAAACAUCUCCCCGAAGAAGCCGGGAGGCGACGCUGACGGUCCAAGGCCCAAGACCAGUGAAAGCAGCCUUGGCGCGCUGUUCGGAGGGAAGAAGCGUGAGACGAGGGCGUUGGAAGAACCCUUUCAGGCUUCACCACCACAGAUACACACAGGCCCAGACACACAGUCAAAGACAUCGCUAAGAUCGACGGCACCAAAGCGCAUCAUCACCCAGAUUCCCGCAACCCCGCCAAAUCUACAUGACGCACCCACGACUCUGGUGACCCCGCCUACGCCGACCGAUGCGAAAGCCACUUCCCCCGCCGACUCGAUACGCUCCAAGAACGGCACGAAGCACACUACUUCGCAGUCGAAUCCCAACAUAGUAGUGUCUCCCUCGGGGAACAUGAUAUCGCAUAGACGCGUGCGUUCAACAUCCAAUGCUCCCAGCAAGCUCUCGCACUCCACAACACUACCCCUGACGCCGCAUCUUGAAGAGGCAAAGACCCCUGGUGGGACUGCUGUACACGCUCAGUCUCCGGGCGGGCCUGGCGGAUUUUUCGCAUCCAUAUUCUCCGCUGCGCAGAACGCUGCCACCAAUUUGACCGACACCAUCGCUAACAGCGCGCCUGGGAAGAACACAAAAACCAAUCAACAACAACAAAAGGAAGAGGACGAGAGACCGGAAGACGGCGGAGAGGAAGUUAUUGGGCCUGAGAACGCAGACUCGACAGAGAACAGUGGCACCGAGAAGCGCAGACCAGCUGUCGAAACACUUGGGUCUGGGAACUUGAGCUUGGCCCAGCUUGGAAUUGCUGAGAGCAACGAAGUCAGUCCCAUGUCUUCUGUAACAAACGUCACAAUGAAGGCGGACGAAGCCUCUGCGAAUGUUGAAGACAUAGCAGCCGCCCACGCAGUGUCAGCCGCUUAUGUAGUGGAUAAACCUCCGUCCAUAAGCAGUGAACGCCCACGUUCAAUCACUGCAAAUGCGGGACAGCCAGCAGCAGGUGCAGCCUCUCCUCAAAGACAGAAUGAAAUCACAGAUUCUCCAGCACCAUCCUCGGUCCAAAGACAAGGCAGUAUUCGCAGUCGUUUAAGCGAUAGUAGACGGAGGCGGCAUCGGGGCAGCUCCGCUACCACAGGCAAUGCAAUAGGUGCUGCCAUAAGUGCCAGUACAGCGACUUUAGUGCCCAAUGCUGCAUUGAACGGCAGUCGUCUAAACGGAACUGGGUUUGCGGUUGCGUCCUCGAAGCGAAAUCGCGAUUUCCACAACUUGUUCAAGAGCGUCCCUGAGGACGACUACUUGAUCGAGGACUAUAGUGCGGCCCUCCAGAAAGAAAUCUUGCUUCAUGGGCGUCUCUACGUCUCCGAAGGGCAUCUUUGCUUCUCCAGCAACAUCUUGGGCUGGGUUACUAAUCUCGUCAUUAGCUUCGACGAGGUCGUGUCAGUGGAGAAGAAAUCGACAGCCAUGCUAUUCCCAAACGCUAUUGUCAUUUCGACGCUGCACGCUCGAAACGUCUUCGCAUCCUUCCUGACUCGUGACGCCACCUAUGACUUGAUUAUCGGUAUCUGGAAGAUUUCACAUCCCAACCUUAAAUCUUCGCUCAACGGUGUCACACUCGAUGGAUCUGCCACUGGCGACAAGACUGAAAAGGCAGAUUCGAUUGGUAGUGAGGAAAUCUCCGACCAGGACUCGGACGAUGAAGUGUACGAUGAGGAUGCUGAAGAGGAUGACGGCAUGGGGAGCUUCACUGAAGCUGGCGAAGGCAGCGUUGCUGGUAGCGAGAUGGGCUCUUUGCCAGGGGAUAUCAGAAAGCUCAGCGGUGCGGUAGCACAAGCUGUCGGCGCCGGCAGCGAAACUGUGGAAGCAGCGAAAGCCGCAACGAGCGGUGCUACGACUGGACAGGACUUUCCUGGCUCAACAUCACAUGCGCCCACAGAAUGCGGAGACGCAGAUCAGCAUUACGAUAAGCUCCUCAUUGAUACCACAAUCCCAGCCCCACUAGGAAAGGUUUACAGCUUGAUGUUCGGGCCCGCGUCCGGCGUAUUCAUGCGGAAGUGGCUGGUCGAGGACCAAAAGUCCUCGGAUCUCCAAAUGGAAGACGAUAAGAAAGGACUUGGCGAAGACAGGAAAUCUUUCAGCUACUCCUACAUCAAGCCGUUGUCUGCCCCAGUCGGACCACGGCAAACAAAAUGUAAUAUUUCUAUGGCGCUUGAGCAAUUCGAUUUGGAGAAGGUGGUCAGCGUACAAUGUAGUACCGGUACCCCGGAUGUACCCAGCGGCAACAUCUUCCUCACAAAGACCAGGUACUGUCUUAUGUGGGGUCCAGGGAAUAGUACACGGUUGAUCAUGACGUUCACGGUGGAGUGGAACGGCAAAAGCUGGUUGAGGGUACCAAUUGAGAAAGGUGCAAAUGACGGUCAGAUGUCGUAUGCCACAGCCCUCACAGCUGCUCUACGCACCGCCGUGGCCGCCAAAGCCGCACCGCUCCGUGUCCCAGGCAAGGGCGGAAAGUCUAAGAAGCGGUCUAGAGCCAACGUCUUAGACGACGCACCAGCACCGGUCACUGCUCCAACCCCCGCCAGUCAAGUAAAGCAGAGCAACUGGGGUCUCUUAGAUCCUCUGCGCAGUCUCUUGGGUCCUGUCGCGGACAUUUUGGAGUUGUUGUUCACGCCGCAAAUCAUCAUUACCGUACUUGGAGCACUACUGAUAUACUCGUGGUUUUUCCGCGGAGCUUCGAUAGCCGUGCGACCCAAUCAGUUAUCGAAUGCGCAAAGGCAGGUUGCGUACGAGGAGAUCUGGCGCCAUGAGGAGACGGAAUUGUGGAAAUGGCUCGAGGAUCGUGUUGCACUAGAUAGAGUGCACACCUCCGUCGCAGGAGGGAGACUUGAACCAGACCCGCGUCUACAAAGCAGUCUGUCACCAGAAAACAUGAAAGAAAGGCAAAUGGACGAGGCGAUCAAAGUCACUGAGGAACGCCUGGGGGUCUUGAAGAACGCAGUGAACCGUGAAAGGUCGAAGUCACGGACUAAGAGUCCGAAGGAGGAGCAGACGUAACACGCUGGGGUUGAAACUGGUCCCCAACUGACCUUUGAAGCUACCGCAGGAGGAAGAUGACACCCUUUGGUCCUUCCUAUAAAAUUCUUUUGUACACGUACGCAGGACUUGCAUGGCGAUGGCGUUUCAUAUCACUAUUAUUAUUGUUGGGAGUAUUAGGUGGUGCAUCGCUGGGUAGCAUUGCACCCAAGCUAUUCUCUGGCGUACGAGCCGUCUUUUUCAUAGCUGUUUCAAACUAUUAUUGUAUUAACCAUUGAGAAAUAUCACUCUAAUAAGCAAAGUUCUUGAUCAUCUCCCUUCCCAUGUUUGACUACGACUAGCAGGAUGCUGCCCACCUCAAAUGACUUAAACCAGUCGAAUAGCAAGAAAUGGAGACGAGUUGUGUAUAGUGAAUGUAGGACGAUGAGGUCAAAUUAUGGUUAAGGAUUUCAGAUCAACAUCAUGAAGAGCACGGA